AUGGACGACAUGGACAUGGCCAUGGCCUUGGUGGCGGGCUUGGAGGACCUGGACCAGGUGAUGCUGGCCAUGAGCCCCGGCAGCUCGGCGACGUCCUCCGCUCCUGCCGCCGCCGCAGCACCAGCCGCCGCAGGUGGCGGCAGUAGCAAAGACGACGAGGCCGCCGCCGCCGCCGCCGACCUCCGGAGGGGCUCCUGGACGGUGGACGAGGACAUCCUGCUCGUGAACUACAUCGCCGCCCACGGCGAGGGCCGCUGGAACUCGCUCGCCCGCUCCGCGGGCCUCAAGCGCACGGGCAAGAGCUGCCGCCUCCGGUGGCUCAACUACCUGCGGCCCGACGUGCGGCGGGGCAACAUCACCGCGAAGGAGCAGCUGCUGAUCCUGGACCUGCAAUCGCGCUGGGGCAACCGCUGGUCCAAGAUCGCGCAGCACCUCCCCGGGCGCACGGACAACGAGAUCAAGAACUACUGGCGCACCCGCGUGCAGAAGCACGCCAGGCACCUCCGCUGCGACGUCAACAGCGCCAGCUUCCGCCACGUCGUGCGCCACGUCUGGAUGCCUCGCCUCCGAGAGCGCGUCCAGGCCGACGCCGGAUAUGGCGGCAUACAGGCUCCGCCAGCGGCGCCCCUGCCCGUCCAAGCUGCGCCGGCGACCACCACGGCCAGCGCGCCACCCGCGUGUUAUAACUACUACGGAAGCAAACACCUUGUGCAGCAGCAAGGCGAGGCGGCGGCAAGCGAAGCUGACCACCAUCACCACCAAUACUACAGCGAGCCAGCAGGCCAGAUGGCGGCGACGGCCACGGCCCUGAGCCCAGACGACGCCUCCAGCAUGCUGCGGCCGUCGUCGCUCACGGCAGACGACGCAUCGCAUUACACUGCUGCAGCUUACACCUCGGCGGGCAGUGCAGCGACCCCGACCAACGACCAAAGCUGCAGGCCAACGACGACUGACGACUACAACGUGUUCGCCGGGACAACCUGGUCGGAGCUUCUCGCCACCGCCACCGGUGGCCCUGACAACGACUCCAGCUCCAUGUCCAUGAUCGACCUGCCGGACUUUGGGUUCGGGGAUCUCGAGGACAGCCUCUGGAACCUGGACGACCUUUGCUUACAGCAGCUGUGGUGA